AAUAAAAGCUAGUGGCUUAAUUUAAAGAUUUGCAAAUGUAUUCAACAGUGGUAUUUUCAGUUUAUGCAGUUUGCAGUGAUGCAGCUGGGGUUGCAGGUAACAUCUUUGCUUUUGUGCUGUUCUUGUCACCUAUAUCAACAUUUAGGAGAAUAAUCAGAAAUGGAUCAACAGAACAGUUCUCAGGAAUGCCAUACAUGUAUGCUUUCCUGAAUUGCUUGAUAUGUCUCUGGUACGGCCUGCCCUUUGUAUCCCCUGGUAUUAUCCUGGUGGCAACGGUCAAUUCCAUUGGAGCAAUUUUCCAGUUGAUUUACAUUGGCAUUUUUGUUGUAUAUGCUGAAAAGCCAAUGAAGUUGAAGAUGCUGGGAUUCUUGGUAUCAGUUUCUGCAAUAUUUGCUGCCGUAGUUUUCGUUAGCCUGAAAUUCUUGGAUGCCCCGUCACGGAAACUUUUCGUCGGUUAUCUAAGUGUUGCGUCUCUGAUUUCCAUGUUUGCUUCUCCUCUACUUAUAAUCAAUCUGGUGAUGAAAACCAGAAGCGUCGAGUACAUGCCGUUCUCGCUGUCUCUUGCAACAUUCAUGAUGAGUCUGGCUUUCUUUGUAUAUGGAAUGUUGAAGCAUGAUGCUUUCCUCUAUGUACCAAAUGGAAUUGGAACGGGUUUAGGGACUCUCCAAUUGGCCUUAUAUACCUAUUUUAACAAUGCUUCCCGAGGUGAGUUGAAGCAUCCCUUGAUAGGUCCUUGAGAAAGGGCUCAACUCGGGCAUAGAAU